AUGAACUUCGAGAUUACAUUCAGCGGAGUCCGUACCUGGUUAGAAAUGGCCGGUCAUUCCCUGACAGAUAUAGAACUGUUUCGAUUGCUGCUGUCCCCCGAACAACUCACAGAAUCGAAUGAGUCUGAAAUUCUUCCCAAUCGUCUAUCCAUGAAUGAAGAAGUAGAUAUGCCGGUUGCCGAUACGGAUGAACCUAUGUAUCAAUUGCUACUUCGCAUACUCCAGUACAAGACCAUUCACGAGCAACCCUAUCAGUUUGGUUCAACACUUGGGGAACUCCGCCUGAUUGAAGAGGAAGAGGAUAAUCUUCUUUUAGAAUACUUGGACUCUGCUGAUAACAAACUGGCUCAAUUUGCUCGUGGAUAUAUGCUAGAAGUAAUAUCGCUGGUUUAUAACUCAGAAAAUGAGGAGUUGAUGAACCUACUGCCGAAGAGUUUGGAAGUGCAUCACAAGGUGAAGACCUCU